CUCUCUCUCUCUCUCUCUCUCUCUCUCACACACACACACACACACACAGACACAACUUAGCUCGACAUCAGGGAGGACGUGUGGUCAGCCUGACAAAAUGCUUUACAGAACACACUCAAACUUUCUACUUGCCGGACAUUUCAGGACAUCCUCUGUCCCACAAAACCAUGACAGUUUAGUGAAAUGGAAGUGCAUAAUGAUUCGGCAUUUCGCCUGUAGUUAAUACCUAGCCCAACUUCCAAUAUGGUAGAAGAGGUUGUUGUCGAGCUUUACGGUGUUGUCAUGUCCCCGCAGUGCCGAUAGUGGUGCUGUGAGGAGUCUACCGAGGACUGAACUAAAAAAAAAAAACCCAGCAGCCUAGCACUUCCAAUGUUAGCCGAGGGUAAUAUACAUUUUAAUGCACCAUUACUCUAUAAUUACUGGCGCACGGAAUCAAAAAGGAUUAUCAUCCGUAGCAUAUCGAGUACUGAUGCAUAACUGGUCCAGCUGAGUAUAUUAGGCAUUUCCACAGUGCACCCGGAGUGAAUACCCCGUACAGCCUGUACUAAUUGAAGCUAAUGGUUAAAUGUAUCAUCAGCAAAAACUAUCCAGACCUGAAUAAUAUCCUGCACAUGCUAUGAAAGGAGAGAUCACCACAGCUCAUAGCUGAAGCAACCUACUAACUUUUUAUCACUGGUGCAAAUGUGAUGUGGUACAUUAGGAGCUGAUGUUUUCAAGGAAUAGAGUCACGUGAUGUAUGAGGGGAAACACAUACACUUCUCGGAGGUGGACAAUAAGCCUUUGUGCUCAUACAGCCCUAAACUCUGCAAGCAGCGCAGACUCAAUGGAUAUGCCUUCUGCAUACGUCAUGUUUUAGAGGACAAGACUGCUCCUUUUAAACAGUGUGAAUAUGUGGCCAAGUACAACAGCCAGCGAUGCACCAACCCCAUUCCCAAAGCCGAGGACCGCAGAUACUGUAACAGCCACCUGCAAGUGCUGGGCUUCAUCCCCAAGAAAGAGCGUAAGAAAAAGCAUGAUACGUUGGAUUCUGUAGCGCUGAACAUCACAGUGCCCUCUCUAGCUCUCAAAGCCUCUAAUGGCUUAGAUGGUUUGCCUCCUUCUCCACCCUGUACCCGUCUGCCCCCCCUUGCCCUGUCCGACACACACCUGCUUGACCCCUUCGCCUUUUAUGAGGAGGACGGGGAUGGAGUCGAGAGCACCACACGCAAGAACUCUGUACUUAAGAGGAAACCUGCUAGUCGGCUAGUACUCAAUCAGCAGGGGCCACGCCAUGAUGCUGACCUUCCUUCACCCACAUCGGAGCAAUUGACACCAGUCACAGUGACCUGCACACUGCCCAGAUCGCCGCACCUACCAACACCAGCAGCACCACCUGCACCUCCCCCACCCACCCAGCAUGCUGGUCACGCUUCCUACAUCCAGCAGGGGGCAUCACAGGCUCUGCUAUUUAAGCCAGCACCAGCUCCGACUGGAGAAUCUCUGGUGCCUGCCACGACCUCCCCAGCAGGCCAGCAGUACCGGAAAACCUUCCUCACUGCCCCCAGUCACCCACCUGCUGGCACGCGGGAGUGUCCACAGAGCCACACCAUUGCUAUGCGACCCACUGCCUUCAUAGCACCUCCUGCCUGCCUGUCAAGGCUACAGCAUCUUGUGCAGCUCUGUGCAAACAGACACAGAGAGCAUGCAGACCUCUUCCUUCAUCUUGGACUGGACUGGUCUGAUGAAAGUGCUGAUGAGGAUGAAGAAGCAGAAGAGAGAAUUCCUUCAUUGCCUCAGGCCUGGAGACUGCAGGAAGGGAGUCCUCACCACCAUUCCAUUGGUGAACGUGAGGAGCCUAGGCGGUCUCGUCUGGCUCAGCUCUGUACAUACCUGCAGGAGCGCUACAAGCACCUGUGUAGGCAAGAGAGAGCUGCCACUCGCCACACCAGAUACAAAUACGCCUUUAGGAAAGCUCUGCUCCAUGCAGCCAGCAAGGACCCUGACUGCACAGGAGAACUCAUCCAACAGCUCAGCAAAACAUCACACACCGUGAGCAGUCGUGCAGUACAACAGGAAGUGGAAAAAUCUGUCUGUACUGGUAGCACCAAGGGUCAACCUUGCAGCAACCCAUCUCUGCCUUUUACACGCCACUGCUUCCAACAUAUCCUGCUGAACCGCUCGCAGCAGCUCUUCUCCAGCUGCACGGCACGAUUUGCUGAUGGGCAGCAGUGCUCUGUCCCCGUCUUCGACAUCACACACCAGACACCUCUCUGUGAUGAACAUGCCAAGAAAAUGGAUAAUUUCCUGCGUGGGGAUAGCAACAGGCGGGUGCAGCAGCAGCAGAGACGACCACGUAAAAAGACCAAACCACCAGCGUUGACAAAGAAACACAAGAAAAAGAGGAGGAAAGUAGUGCGCCGUCCCCAGAAACCCAUUCCUCCUGCCCUACCACAGGGCAACCUGCCCAUGCCCCUUACAUUGGCACUGCCCACUCACCAUGCCAGUAUCAGGAGUCCCUCUACACCUGACCUCAGUGCAGAUGAACUUCCUGAUGACAUCACCACUGAUAUAGCAGACAUUCCAAAUGAUUUGGAGUUGAAUCAGGAAGACUUUUCUGAUGUGCUGCCCAGAUUGCCUGAUGAUCUGCAGGACUUUGACCUGUUUGAGGGUAAGAAUGGUGAGCUUCUUCCUACCACAGAAGAGGCAGAGGAGCUGGUUCGUGCACUACAGGCGAUGGGUUCAUAUCCUGACACGCUGGUGUGUUUAAACUCCAUGGCCGAACUGGCCCCGGCUGAUGAUCAUCGCGCCAUGAGUGUCUUCUCUGGUUCCGGGGUCACGGUGACUGCCAUGGGCGACCUACUAAACGGCCGAAUGGCAUCGGACAGCUUCCCGAGUCUGGAGCUGGAGGACAAUCUCCUUCAUCACUCAGCAGAUGAGCAUUUCCCUCCAUCCCUGUCUCCGCAGCCACCACCAGCCACUGCCUCAAUGCCAGCUGCUGGCUCGAACCGUGCACUGAAUGAGCGAACGUUCCCUCACUCGGCUCUCGUUAAACGAGAGCCUGCGCUGCCCUCCUCUCCUCCAGGCAGCCAUUACAGUAGUGACCACGUGCCGUCUCCUUACAGCGACCAUAUCUCCUCCCCACACUCUGCCUCCUACCAGACUGAGCCUCCUCUCCUGCUGGAGGUGCCUCUCAGCGGAUUACCAGGCGCUCCUCGCUCCUCCUGGAGCAACCUCGCCCUCUCCCUCACAGAACCAAUGCAGUUUGGGAACCUCUUGACACAGGACACUCAUCUCCUCUCCACCGCUCUGUCUACUCCUCCCUCCAUCACACACCCACCCUCUGCUCCCUCCUCAUCUCCUCCAAACUCCCCCCGUGACCUGCUCAGCACUAGCCAGCCCAAACUGCAGCUCCCACAAUUCAGCGCAGCCUUCGGUCAUCAGCUCGCCUCUCACAGCGGCAUCCCGAAAGACGUACAGCCCAGCCACAGUUCCACAGCGCCCCCGACGGGAUUCACCAGUGCUGGUGUCACUGCUGCAGGUGUCAACAGUGUUGCACCUACUUUCCAGCAGAGCAAGUGAAAAGAACAGACAGGCAUGUACACGCACCCGCACCCACAUCUUAGCCUUUUCAGGGUUCUGUUGAAGCAGUUGAAGGGGAGGGGGUAUCAUGAUGUUUUCUAGUUGUGCUGAGUUUGUGUUUCAGUUGGAGGUCUGGUUUAACCCAGCACAGCGGUCACCAUGUUACUGCCUCUCCCACGUCACCACAUCAUUUACUGACCCCUCCGUCUCUCAUUCAAGGCUUCAGUAAGCAGAAGCAGACAGCAUUGAAGUGUCUGUGCUGUUUACGAGUAUGUGUGUAUAUAUAUAUAUAUAUUAUAAAAAUAUAUAUAUAUUAUAAAAAUAUAAAUUUUUAAAUUGAUCACAGUGAGGGUGUCAAAACACUGAGAAUAUCCGCCAAACAGCUUUUAUCCAGAAGAUUUUAUCUUGCACUGUACAUAUUAAACCUUUUAUGCAGACACUCAGAUGACGCUUACUCAGUGGACUUAUCCUGGGCUGUAAACUUUCCUGUUCAGAGACCUCACAGGCACCUGAAGGCAAAGACCUGGUUACUCAAAGCAAUAAAGCACAUCAGCAAAUUCUAUCAUUACAGUAUUUAAACCGUGUGUCAGUUUUAGUUGUGUACCUCAGAGCAGCCAGACUGCAUGAACAGUGUGGGUCUGUGAAAACAUUUGUGUCAUUUAAAAUGGAAAAAAGAUCUCUUCUGCGUAAUACAGAGCUUAGAGCUAGUCUGUGUUCCUCUCAUUUAUAAAACACCGACAUAACUCGUACAGAAAACAAAUAGCUUUUAUGACGAAUGAAAAAAAAAAAUAUAUAUACAUGUUGAUUUUUCACCAAAUAUGAGGAUUCAAAAUGUUCCUGUCUAUGGUGCUUAUUAAGUUUAGAAUCAAAUGGCUUAGUGAGGUUUCUCUUUAAAGCAGAGCAGUCUUUUUAAUAGGGGCUAGACAUGAGGACUGCAUGGCUGAAUGGUCUUUUCUGUCUUUGCUGUGCUGGGACCUUUUUGGUGCAAUUUCUACAGAGCAGGACUGUUCACACACUUCUCCUCCUCGAACCUCCACAGUAAACCAGGUUUAGACUCCACACUAGACCGGCUGCAUGGCCUGUAAACUGUGGCAAUGUUUUUAUCACUCAGACUCUUCCCCCUGAGAGGCAGCAACCUUCACUUAAUCCUGGCCUGUUUUUAAUACACCGGCACUUCUGGCAGUCAAUCAAUGGUUUUGGUAGAUUUUAGACAGAAUAACUAUCGCAUAUAUUGUCAUAUGUAACAUAUUUAUAGAGUAGUAAUUGAAUCUGGACGUAAUUGGUGAGGUACAUUCGGUGGCAUUGAAGCAGCUACAAAAUUAAUUGAAGAAAAAGACCUGAUUUGGAGGAUACGAGAUGGGGUUCUAGUUUCGUGGUGUGUCCGUCACUAGUUUUAAUGGCUAUCAAAAUUCCAGUGAUUGAUGUUUCCAGUCGAAUGAAUGUUGUUUGUGUUUUCUUGUCAUUUCUUUGGGCAAAAACAUUGUGAUAAUGUUCAACAAUAUUUUUGAUAGCUAUUAAAAUCCAGCUAGCAGUAAUAGUGGAAAAUUUGGUGUUUGCAUGAAUAGAACCACAAAUGACCCAUAUUGUGAAUUAACGGGAUUAUCAUGGAAGCUUGCGUCCAAAGAGAGAGAUUCAUUAGAAUGCCAGUGUGGUGAUGGGCAUACUCAAAUCAAAAUGAAACAUUCACAUGUAAUUUGAUUUUUUUUUAAACUCCCAUGGACUGGUUUAAAAGUGUGAUCAUGCUAAAGCAUCAGUGAGUUUCAUCUGUUCAUUUUGUUCUUAUAAAUCAUGCCUCUGCAAACAGGAGUAUUGCCUUUUUGUUGAUUCAGAAAUGGUUCUGAGUAUUGAAUUUUUCAGUACCACGUCAUCGUGUCAUACCCCUACAGCUGUACUAACCCCGGGAUAUAAGUUGCAUUGAGAUUUACUGCACAGUCAACUUGAGUCAACCCUCUAAAGCAAGCCAUCUUCAGGGCUCCACUGGCACUUGAAACCGCUUAAAAGCUGAACAAUGGCUGACAAAUUCCUAUACUCAGUGAAUGUACUGUAUAACUGUUUUUAAAUGAUAGGAUGAGCUAAUAAUCUAGUCACCUUUUGUUAUUGGUCCUUGUUUAAUGUCUAAGGUAUUUUUUGUAUACAAAAGUUUACAUUUUUAUGUAUAUUUUUCUUGUAUAAAAUAUGUAAUAUGUGUAUAAACAUUAUGUAAUACCUGUAUAUAGUGUGAGAAAAUUUGAUCUUUGUUUUUUGAUGUAUGAAUAAAACUUGCUGUGCUGAA